UUCUUUCCGAAGGGUCGAGAGGGAAAUAGCUGUCUCUCUACCUCGACUGAAAGUUUCGGCAGCCAUUGGAAACUGUGGCGAGCGAUGGCUGCAGCGGCACCUGGGCAGAUAAACACCGAACCGUUAACUUCGUUGGGUUCUCGAAGCGUCGACUGCUUUAAGAAACUCGAGCACAUUGGCGAAGGCACUUAUGGUCAAGUGUUCACGGCCAGAGAAACCAGAACUGGGGAAAUUGUUGCGUUGAAAAAAAUACGCAUGGAUAAUGAAAAAGAAGGGUUCCCUAUUACUGCAAUCCGGGAAAUUAAAAUUCUGAAGAAGCUUCAUCAUGAAAAUGUUGUUAAGCUGAAAGAGAUUGUAACUUCUGCAGGUCCCGAAAGGGAUGAGCUAAGGAAUCUGGGUCGUGAAAGGGAUGAGCAAGAGAAUCAAGGUCCUGAAAGGGAUAAGCAAGAGAAUCAAGAUAGUAGUAAGUCCAAGGGUGGCAUCUAUAUGGUUUUUGAGUACAUGGAUCAUGAUCUGACAGGCCUUACUGUUCGUUCUGGACAGACAUUUACUGUUCCCCAAAUAAAGUGUUAUAUGAAGCAGUUAUUGACUGGGCUCCAUUACUGUCAUGUUAAUAAAGUACUUCACCGUGACAUCAAAGGUUCUAAUCUUUUGAUAGAUAAUGAGGGGAAGUUGAAGCUAGCAGACUUUGGGCUUGCAAAGUAUUAUUGUAGUAACCACGAGGGAAAUCUUACAAAUCGUGUCAUUACUUUGUGGUAUAGGCCCCCGGAGUUGCUGCUUGGAGCCACAAAGUAUGGUCCAGCUGUUGAUAUGUGGUCUGUUGGUUGCAUCUUUGCUGAACUCCUGCAUGGAAAGCCAAUUUUACAAGGAAGAAAUGAACCUGACCAACUGAACAAGAUAUUCGAGCUUUGUGGAUCACCUGAUGAUAUCAACUGGCCAGAUGUUUCAAAACUUCCUUGGUAUAAUAAUCUCAAGCCAACAAAAACCAUGAAACGAUGUGUUGGGGAAAUUUUUGGACAUUUUGACUUUCAUGCUUUGGAUUUACUGGAGCACUUAUUAACUCUUGAUCCAAAUCAGAGAUGGACUGCGAAGCAAGCACUGAAUGCUGAUUAUUUCUGGGCUGACCCUUUACCCUGUGAUCCAAAGAGCCUGCCUAAGUAUGAAUCAUCACAUGAAUUCCAAACAAAGAAAAGGAAGCAGCAGCAGCAGCAAACUGAAGACGUAUCAAAGAGAUCAAAGUCACAGCAUUCUCAUAAGAAUGAUUGCCUGCCUCCCAUUCAACAUACCGCGCAAGCUCCUCCACAACGGCAGGGGUCCCAUCAUCCGAUGACUGAUACCCAGCCCUCAUUAUCUGCUGGACCUAGCCACCACCACUAUGGAAAGCCGCACGGUCCUCCUGGAGGCCCAAGCAGGUAUCCUCCCAGUGGAAACCAGAGUGGGCCUUACCAUAUGAAUCGUGGAGAUCAAGCUGGAGGUUACAGUGGCAGACCAUAUCCAACGCAAGGACAUGCUCCACCAUAUGCUGGGAGUGGAACUAGUUGUCCUAGCACAAGAGGAGCCGCCGCUGGUUAUGGAAUUGGCCCUCCAAACCAUUCCCAAAACAGUCAAUAUGGAGUUCCUGCUGCUGAUAGAGGUGUGAGUACACGAAAUCAACAGUACGGUCGGAAGUAGUGACAGUUGGAACUAAUGCAUGGAAUUAGGAGGUUAUACCAAUGCAACAAAGAUAGUUAUGGAAUCGCGGUCGUGUUAGGAAAAUCAGUAGGGUUGAAAGUCGCAGAAACAAAAUCUGGCUGUACAUUCUUUUGGGAGUCGUUUUUGUUCCUGCACAUGGUCCUAACGUUUUUCAUGAAACGUUAAACAGAACUGUAGACCCUAACCCUGCCGACAUGUUUGCCGUUAUAGGACCCAACCUGAUGGUUCAAACUAGUUUGUGCAUGCAUUGCUUUUGUAUAAGUUCCCCAAGUAAUAAGAUGCUCGAUUUCCUUUGUUUUC